AUGCCACAGUUUCUGCUUUUCACCUGCCUUUUCAUCACCAUCACACCAUCAUUAUCAAUGGCCCUAGAUCCUUGUUCUGCUUACAUCAGUCUGAAUGAGCCAUGGCGGAAUACUGAUCACCAAUUGGAAGAAUCUCAAGGUCCCCCUCUAUGUGACAACCACAUGGACGGGGAGUGGUACCGCUUCACAGGCAUGGCAGGAGAUGCCAUGCCCACCUUCUGCAUACCAGAAAACCACUGUGGGACCCAUGCACCCGUCUGGCUCAAUGGCAGCCACCCGCUACAAGGAGAUGGCAUUGUGCAACGGCAGGCCUGUGCAAGCUUCAAUGGAAAUUGUUGCCUUUGGAACACCACGGUGGAGAUUAAGGCUUGCCCUGGAGGCUACUAUGUGUAUCGUCUGACUAAGCCCAGUGUCUGCUUUCACGUCUACUGUGGUCAUUUUUAUGACAUCUGCGAUGAGGACUGUCAUGGAAGCUGUCUGGAUGCCAAUGAGUGCACGUGCUCUCCAGGAACCAUGCUAGGCCCUGACAAACAGACAUGCUUUGAUGAAAAUGAAUGUGAGCUGAACAAUGGUGGCUGCAGUGAGAUCUGUGUAAACCUCAAAAACUCAUAUCGCUGUGAGUGUGGGGUUGGCCGAGUGCUAAGAAGUGAUGGCAAAACUUGUGAAGACAUUGAGGGAUGCCACAAUAACAAUGGUGGCUGCAGCCAUUCUUGCCUUGUGUCUGAGAAGGGCUACCAGUGCGAAUGUCCCCGGGGAUUGGUGCUGUCUGAGGACAACCACACUUGCCAAGUCCCUGUGUUGUGCAAGUCCAACACCAUUGAAGUGAGCAUCCCCCGGGACCUGGUUGGAGGCCUGGAACUCUUCCUGGCCAACACUUCCUGCCGAGGAGUAUCCAAUGGCACCCAUGUCAACAUCCUCUUCUCCCUCAAGACAUGUGGCACAGUAGUUGAUGUGGUGAACGACAAGAUCGUGGCUAGCAAUCUCGUGACAGGUCUACCCAAGCAGACCCCGGGAAGCAGCGGUGACAUCAUCAUCCGAACCAGCAAACUGCUGAUCCCAGUGACCUGUGAGUUUCCUCGCCUGUACACCAUUUCUGAAGGAUAUGUCCCCAACCUUCGAAACCCCCCACUUGAAAUCAUGAGCCGCAACCAUGGAAUCUUCCCUUUCAUUCUGGAAAUCUUCAAAGACAAUGAGUUUGAAGAGCCGUACCGGGAAACCUUGCCGACCCUCAAGCUUCGCGACUCCCUCUACUUUGGUAUUGAGCCCCUGGUGCAUGUGAACGGCUUGGAAAGCCUGGUAGAGAGCUGCUUUGCCACCCCCACAUCCAAGAUUGAUGAGAUCCUGAAGUACUACCUGAUCCGAGAUGGCUGUGUGUCAGAUGACUCAGUAAAGCAGUACACAUCUCGGGAUCACCUAGCAAAGCACUUCCAGGUCCCUGUCUUCAAGUUUGUGGGCAAAGACCACAAGGAAGUAUUUUUGCACUGCCGGGUUCUUGUCUGUGGAGUGCUGGAUGAGCAGUCCCGUUGUGCACAAGGCUGCCACCGCAGAAUGCGGCGGGACAUGGAAGGAGAGGAUACAGCUGGUCUACAGAACCAGGUGCUGACGGGCGGCCCGAUCGUCAUUGACUGGGAGGACUAG